UGUGAUGAAGAGCAGAAGCAGUUACGACGCAGCCUGUUCUCACCCAGGCCUCUGCUAGGAUUGUCCGAUUCACCAAUGUUAAUGGACCAAAGCAGGCACCCCAAUCCCAACACCACCUGCCUUCAUCCCAGCCUCUGCUACGACCGGCUGAUCAAACAAUGCUUGAGCUGCAAACGCAUGCAAAGAGUUUCCAGGAAGGAGACAACUACUAUGCUUGGAAUGACCUCCAUUACAACCCAACCAGUGCAACUUCAUCCUGGAAACCAAAAUUGUUCAGCUUUAAUAUUUGGUUUCUGUGCUUUUGUGGGGCUAGUAACCAUCAUGGCAAUGUUAUGGCUUGUAAUCCUGAAACAAAGGAAGAGGAUGAGAAAAACUGGAAAGGAGAAUUCCAAAGAAAAUGGGAACUGCACAAGUUUUCUUGCCAAUAAAGCUCAUACAAGCCAUGACUACAGACCAGGAGACUAUGACCCUGGACAGCUUCGAUGCUCACAUUUAAAUGGUGUUACAAAGACUACCCAAGAUAAUGUCUUAAAGGAGAAUAUACCCUGCAUUGUUUUCACAAGAAGUCAGGAGUUUGAAGUGAUUCCCAUGUGUCCCCAUGAUGCAAAAUGCAACUCUCCAUUUCCACUGCCUGCAACUGAACUUGGAGCAACUAUGCUGGUGACUACUAAGACAACCCAGGAGAACAUCCUCAGUGAGGAGCUGCCAUAAUAAUUGUUUUAAAAUGGCUCAGACUAGCAGAUGCUAUCUCUCAAACAUUAUCUGGCUCAUGAUUGGAGGCAGGCCAAUUCACCUUGGUGUAGAAGUUUGUUUUAUUGUAACUAUAAUUUGGAAAAUCACAAGCUUUACUUCUAAUGAAGUCAUCUCUUCAGCUUCCAAAAAGUCCAGUUAUGACUAUGGUGAAAUGAGAGGACAUAUUAGGACAUAUUACAACCAAUCCAUCAAGAUCAAAGAAUCUAGGAAAGAGUCAUGUUCAGGGGAGUAAAAUAUUCUUGCCUUAAUUUCUGCAUCCUGAAAUUCAUCCAGUAAGAUACUUGUAAGUUACUAUAUGUUCUAUAGUUAAGAAUGAAAACUUAUAAAAGAAAUAUGAAAAAAUAGAGUAAGAGCUUAAGUGAAACAAUUUUAAUCACAAAGAGACACAUUUAAGCCAUUGCAUUUUUAAAGAUGUAACAUAACAAUGUUAAUAUGAGAGCCAGUUUGGUGUAGUGGUUAAGGCA